AUGACAGAUGAACGAAUUUUCAAAUUCUUUUUGGUUGUGGCUACAUACUCCAUCUUCAUCUACUUAAACUGUGUUAUGUUUGUUGCUGUGAGGAGUAAGUCAGCCUUCCGGGAAACCUCUCGCUAUAUCCUGUUUGCCCACAUGCUCUUCAAUGACAUCCUGCACCUGAUUACCAGCAUGGCUCUCUACAUUUCGAGCAUGUUGUAUCUGGAAAUAAUCCAGGCUUUCUGCAGUUUGCUCGCACUAAUAUCUACUUCUACUUUCACCAAUGAGCCCCUGAACCUGGCUGUCAUGUCCCUGGAGCGGUACAUUGCAGUGUGUUUUCCACUCAGGCAUGGUGAACUGUCCACCCCCGAGAGGACAUUCCUUGCCUUAGUUGUCAUCUGGGUGUUGGGUACUGCCAAUAUGUUAACUGACAUCUUGACUGUUGUCUUCGUGGAACCCUCAUUUUUCUUGCACUCUGGGCUGUGCAUACGAGAGCAACUGAUGAAGAAGAGCUGGCAAAGGGACAAGGUGGUGGUCUUCAAUGCUCUCUACUUUAGUGUGGUUGCAGGGGUCCUGCUUUUUACCUAUGUGAGCAUCACUCUGGAGGCACGGUCCGUCAGCACAGACAGAUCCUCGGCACAGAAGGCCAUGCGGACUGUUCUGCUGCACGCCAUACAGCUCUGCCUGUCCCUCCUGACUUUUUUGUUUAAUGUGUUUGAGGUGCUCCUGGCCUCACUGCCAGUAAACAUCUAUAUUCAGCUGCGCUUUGUCAACUAUGUGGUGGUCCUCCUGCUCCCCCGCUGUCUCAGCCCUCUCAUCUAUGGACUGAGAGAUCAGAGCUUCCAUCCUGUAUUCAUGUACUACUUCACCUGUGGUACCAGGAGCGUAAAGCCAGCAGGACCCACAAGCAGUCUUGUGGUGGAGUGA